AGGUGACGGUCGGAGAGAACGGGGGAGAACCCGGAAGGUUUCGCACUGGGAGGGUCGCUGCCCUGAGGAGAGCCCCGCCGCCGCCGCCGCCGCCGCGCCGCCCGCCGUUGCAUGCGCAGAUGAACCCGGUAGGAGUCGCCGCCGCCGCCCCCGAGGCCGGGCCGGGCCCCGCCUGGCAGAGCAAGUGUCCGUGGGGAGCCCGUAACACAACAUCGAUAUCAUGUUCCCUGGCUGACGUAAUGAGUGAACAGCUGGCGAAAGAGCUGCAGCUGGAAGAAGAAAAUGCUGCUUUUCCUGAAGUGGUUGCUGUUGCUGAAGGACCAUUUAUUACAGGAGAAAAUACUGACACUUCUAGUGACCUAAUGCUAGCUCAGAUGCUGCAGAUGGAAUUUGAUAGGGAAUAUGAUGCACAGCUUCGGCGUGAAGAGAAGAAGAUCAAUGGAGACAGCAAAGUCUCUAUAUCCUUUGAAAAUUAUCGGAAGGUGCAUCCUUAUGACAGUGACAGCUCCGAGGAUGAGGUUGAUUGGCAGGAUACUCGGCAUGAUCCUUAUAGAGCAGAUAAACCUACUACUACACCGAGAAAGGGCUUCACAGGAAAAGGAAAAGACAUCACUACUAAACAUGAUGAAGUGGUAUGUGGAAGAAAGAACACUGCUCGCAUGGAAAAUUUUGCACCUGAAUUCCAAGUUGGGGAUGGAAUUGGGAUGGACUUAAAGCUGUCAAAUCAAGUCUUCAAUGCCCUAAAGCAACACGCGUACUCUGAGGAACGUCGAAGUGCAAGGCUCCAUGAGAAGAAGGAGCACUCCACUGCAGAAAAAGCAGUGGAUCCUAAAACGCGUUUACUUCUGUACAAGAUGGUCAAUGCUGGGAUGCUGGAGACCAUCACAGGCUGCAUCAGCACAGGAAAAGAAUCUGUUGUUUUUCAUGCAUAUGGAGGAAAAAGUGCAACUGAAGAUAAAGUUAUACCUCCAGAAUGUGCCAUCAAAGUGUUUAAAACAACUCUUAAUGAAUUCAAGAACCGUGACAAAUACAUUAAGGAUGACUACAGAUUUAAAGACCGCUUCAGUAAAUUGAAUCCACGAAAGAUUAUUCGUAUGUGGGCUGAGAAAGAAAUGCAUAACUUAACAAGAAUGCAAAAUGCAGGAAUUCCUUGUCCUCAAGUGGUUAUCCUUAAGAAACACAUCUUGGUUAUGUCUUUCAUUGGCCAAGAUCAACUCCCAGCUCCUAAACUAAAGGAUGUAACACUUAGUAGUGAAGAUAUGAAAAAAGCCUACUACCAGAUUCUUAAUAUGAUGCAGCAGUUGUAUAAGGAGUGCAACCUGGUCCACGCAGAUCUGAGCGAAUACAACAUGCUUUGGCAUGACGGGAAGGUCUGGCUUAUUGAUGUCAGUCAGUCUGUGGAGCCGACCCAUCCCCAUGGACUUGAGUUUUUGUUCAGAGACUGUAGGAAUGUUUCACAGUUCUUCCAGAAAGGAGGUGUGGCAGAAGCACUUAAUGAGCGUGAACUCUUCAAUGCUGUCUCAGGUUUAAAUAUUACAGCUGACAAUGAAGUAGACUUCCAAGCAGAGAUUGAAGCUUUGGAGAAGAUGAAUGAAGAUCACGUGCAGAAUCAUGGAAAGAAGCUGUCAAUGUUUUCAAGCGAUGGAGACCCACCUAUAUAUAAUGAAUAGCACUGAGUGUAUAGCUGCUAACGAACCGAAACACAAAUUUACUGCUUCUAACUAUGUUGGUGCAGUGGUAAAUGUCAACUACGGAUGUGAUGAGAGAGUGGUUGACUGGGAAUACCAAAAUGGAAAACACAGCGAGCAUACGGUGAUGCCUCAGUGUUGUUUUUUUUUAACUUAGCCCACACAUCAGGCUGGCACUGUGAGACUGGACUGUCACUACCUCUUCAGAUGGUCUGACAACUUCACCAAUUGCGCGGUUACGUUAGACUAAUGUAGCUGAGGUGGCCAUAUUUUGCAUGAUUCAGAGCUUAUAUGUUUCAGUUUAAAAAAAAAAUAAUAUAGACCAUCUAAAGUAUUUAGUGGUAAAGCACACUAUGAGAGUCCCUCUUUUUUCCUAUUGCUACUUGAAAAACUAAUUUAAAAUGGUGUAUGGAUACAAUGUCAAGGGAACCUUUCGUCCCUCUCCAUCAAGGGCAAAAAUGAAAAGUCAAACUAUGUGCUGCAAUUGUACAAAAAUGUUAAUUUAACAAACAAAUGUAUUUGAAUUACUUUUGCAUAUAUAAACAAAAGCAUCCAGACAUGGAAUGGGGCUCAAACUAUCUCUGUAAAUACAAUUGGGCAUUACAUGAAAAACAGAUUUGAAUACAGCCAGCAGAAGACUUCUUUGGUGACAUGCCAGGAAAUCCUGCGGGCUGCAUCCAUGUUGUGUAGCAAAGAGUAAGUGCAGUUAGCUUUACUCUUAAUGUACAAGUGGUUCCAAGAACUCAGUGCAAGCAAAAAAAAAAAAUUAAAAUAAUCCUGUCUCUAAAUGAAAAUUCUGGAUAGAGCAUCAAACAUUCUUACUUACCCCAAAGAUAAUCUUAGACUAUGAAAACUAAAUAUUGAUCAUCAUUAUUUUUAAACAAAGCUUGUUGCUUACUAGUGCCAAAAGAAUACUCACAUUUGUCUUUUUCUCAUGCUUUUAUUCUUAAUGUCAGUCUCUAUUUUAGCAAGUUCUAAAAAUCUAGCAAUGUUUCUCUCCAGAACAACACAUAUAAAGGUGAAGUGAUGUGGUGGGAUGGUUUGGAAUUAAAUUCUGAUCAACUUUUUAACUCUGCUGUUUUCUGAUGCUGCUCUUUAUCAAGCAGAAUAUAGUGUUGCUACGUGUGACAUGUUCACAGUUUGCUGUGAAAAUUAUUCUUUUUUAAAUUAUUUUUGGGGUGGAAAAGUGGUGGCAAAGUAAAAACUUCAGGUCUUGUGGUGGUA